AAAUUAAAAUCAGAUAGACAUAUUGAAAGUUUUGAAGAUAACCCAAAAACUCGACGCGCUUAUCAACGGAGUUUCAAACACGAACCAACCAUCAGAUCCACUAAUUCCGCGAAUAUUCCAAAGGCGCUUUAAAAAAGGCGCGUGAACAGCCCUCGCUCCUCCCUUGAAUGUUUGUUUGUUUGUUUUUUUCCCCUCCCGUAAUCGGCUGGGAUCCAGAACCACCUCUCUUAUCGUGAAGAGCCAAUGAGCAUCUCUGAUAACUCCAUAAAUCAACCAUGUCUUCCUUCGUGUUCAUCGCCAACUCGACUCGGAUCACGAAUCGCUUCACUCGUUUUGGCGCUUUCUCAUCUGUGGAGAUAAUCCCCCGCGUCUUGACUCAGUAACUCGAAUUGAAAGAUGGACCCGAUGGAUAUUGUAGGGAAGUCGAAGGAGGACGCUUCGCUUCCCAAAGCAACUAUGACCAAAAUUAUAAAGGAAAUGUUACCACCGGAUGUACGUGUUGCAAGAGAUACUCAAGAUCUUUUGAUUGAGUGUUGUGUAGAGUUUAUUAAUCUUGUUUCAUCAGAGUCCAAUGAAGUUUGUAACAGAGAAGAUAGACGAACAAUAGCACCUGAGCAUGUAAUAAAGGCUUUAGAGGUUCUUGGGUUUGGAGAGUACAAUGAAGAGGUAUAUGCUGCAUAUGAGCAACACAAGAUUGAGACGAUGCAAGACUCUUUGAAAGGUGGGAAAUGGAGCAAUGGGGCAGAGAUGACCGAGGAAGAAGCAGCAGCUGAGCAGCAAAGAAUGUUUGCGGAGGCACGUGCGAGAAUGAACGGUGGUGCCGUUGCCCCAAAGCAACCAGAUCCCGACCCAAGUGUAGAGAGCUAACUGAUUAGGACUUCCUGUACCGUAGGCAAGCAUCCUUGACUCUUCUAUUAGCGCUUCUAAGUUUUAAUCUCAUAUAUUAUGUACAAAAAAGAAAAGCUAUCGGUUAGUGUACUGAUCACUGUGGAUAUUUGUAUUUUUUUUAAUCUAUGGAUGCUGUCUAUAAUUAUUUAGUUAGUGAGAGUUUGUUCAUUUC